AUGAACUUCACCGAGGGCUGCGAGGCGACGGGACGGCGGCCGGGGAGCGCUGGGAGCCGCCGCCGGAAAGCGCCCCGUCCCGGCCCCGCCGCGCUGCUGCUGCUGCUGCUGCCGCUGCUACUGCCGCCCGCCGCCGCCGCCCCGCUGCCCGCCGCCGCCGACUCGUCCGGGGAGGCCGGGCUGGAGGAGGAGGCGGGGGCGCGACGGGCGCUGCCCGACUGCGAGUCGCUGGCCUGGCUGCUGCACAGCCGCGCCGCCCGGCUUCAGGACGAGAUGUGCGAGAAGUUCUCCGUCUGCGAGAACAGCAUGGAGAUGCUGGUCCGGAACAACCUCAACCUGCCCAAGGUGACGGAGGAGGACGGCUGCCUGCUCGCCGGCUUCGACGAGGAGAAAUGCCUGAGGAAGCUCUCUAGCGGCCUGUUCGCCUUUCAGACCUACCUGGAAUUCAUUCAAGAAACUUUUGCUAGCGAAAAGCAGAAUGUCGAAUCGCUGUGCUACGGCACAAAGCACCUGGCGGCCACGAUCCGGCAGAUGGUGAUAAAUCCCGAUGAAGUGAUCAUCCCAGACUCAGCCACCCAGAAAUCCCUCCUCGCCAAGCUGAAGUCGGAUAAGGCCUGGAUAGAGAAAAUCACCACGCACCUCAUCCUCCGAGACUUUACUUCGUUUAUGGAGAAUACCGUGAGGGCCGUUCGCUAUUUGAAAAACACCAGGAGUUUCAGUGCCUGA